UAUUAUAGACCGACGCGACAUCAGCGCCUUGGGCCGCUUCUCUGCUGCAGCUUUUGGGAACGAGCUCCUCUAAUUGCAUCCACAGCGUCCGUGGAAGCUCUGAGGACCGAGGGAGGGAGGACCCUGCGAAAGCUGCGACUAUCCCUCGGGGCCAUGGACUCGGACGCCAGCCUGGUGUCUAGCCGCCCGUCGUCGCCAGAGCCUGAUGACCUUUUCCUGCCCGCCCGGAGCAAGAGCAGUGGGGGCAGCGGCUUCACGGGGGGCACCGUGUCCUCGUCCACGCCUAGCGACUGCCCGCCAGAGCGGAGCGCCGAGCUGCGCGGAGCCAUGGGCGCGGCGGGCGCGCACCCGGGGGACAAGCUGGGCGGCGGUGGCUUCAAGUCAUCCUCGUCCAGCACCUCGUCGUCCACGUCGUCAGCGGCCGCGUCGUCCACUAAGAAGGACAAGAAACAGAUGACUGAGCCCGAGCUGCAGCAGCUACGCCUCAAGAUCAACAGCCGCGAGCGCAAGCGGAUGCACGACCUCAACAUCGCCAUGGACGGGCUGCGCGAGGUCAUGCCGUACGCGCACGGCCCGUCGGUGCGCAAGCUCUCCAAAAUCGCUACGCUGCUGCUGGCGCGCAACUACAUCCUCAUGCUCACCAACUCGCUGGAGGAGAUGAAGCGACUGGUGAGCGAGAUCUACGGCGGCCACCACGCCGGCUUCCACCCAUCGGCCUGCGGCGGCCUGGCGCACUCAGCGCCCCUGCCCGCCGCCACCGCGCACCCCGCGGCCGCCGCCCACGCGGCGCACCACCCGGCGGUGCACCACCCCAUCUUGCCGCCGGCCGCUGCGGCCGCCGCCGCCGCUGCAGCCGCCGCCGCGGUGUCCAGCGCCUCCCUGCCCGGCUCCGGCCUGUCGUCGGUCGGCUCCAUUCGUCCCCCUCACGGCCUGCUCAAGUCUCCGUCGGCGGCGGCGGCAGCCCCGCUGGGGGGCGCGGGCGGCAGCGGCGGGGGCGGCGGCGGCUUCCAGCACUGGGGCGGCAUGCCUUGCCCCUGCAGCAUGUGCCAGGUGCCGCCCCCGCACCACCACGUGUCGGCCAUGGGCGCCGGCAGUCUGCCGCGCCUAACCUCCGACGCCAAGUGAGCUUGGCCGGUGCAGGCGCGUUCUGGCGAGCGGGGCGGGAGGGGGCGGGUGGGGGGCGGAGGCUGCGGGGAAGCAAGGACUGGCCGGCGCUGGGCCCUGGGAGCUCAGUUCCAAGGAGGAGCGCGGCACCGUGGGCUGGGGGUGGGGGCAAUGGUGAGGACGCAGCACCCAGGAACGGAAGCAGUGGAGGCGCGCACUGCACAGUGGGGAGUGACAGGGGCAUUUGCUCCGGGACCUGGUUCAACCCCCUCUGGCUUUAAACAGCGCUGCUCGGGUAGACACCGUUUUAUAUGAAGGCACAGCUACGUGGAUCCCUUCCUCCAAACCCCCCUUCCCCCGAAAAAGAGGUGAUUCUAAAAACUGUAGUUUCCCUGCGAACUUGGCCUCACACGGCCGGGGCAGCCCUUGGUUAUACCGGGGAGGAAAGGAGGGAGGGGAGCGUUGGAGAUUUCCUUUCCUGCCUCCUCUCUGGGCGGGAAGGAGACUCUCAGCCACACUCCAGAAGCGGCUGUCCGGGCCUUGCCCUCACGGGUCGUCCCUGGCCCAGGGCCAGGGGUACCAGUUGGUCAGAAGCUGGUAUUUGGUACCAGAAGCACUUACGGUCGUGUCCAAUCUCCACAUGUGGGUAAACCCACAGCUGUCUCAGAACUGUUACCGUUCCUCCCUGUCGCUCCUAUUGGUUUGGGGGCUUGUGGCUUUCUAAUAAAAUCUGUCGAUGUUCCUUUUUCAA